CCUCCCUUCCUUCACCCAUUUUCCAUUUCUCUCUCCUCUUUCCUCUCUACCUCUCUACCUCUCUCCCAUUUCUCCUUCUUCCCACCCCUAAACCAAAAAAGAUCCCAUCCCUCUACUGUUGCACACAGUUGUAGAAAGAGAACCCAAGCUCAGCUCAGCUCAGCCUCAGCCUCAGCCUCUUCAACCCAGAUGCCGACCGACGUUUCCCCACCCACAACUUAGGGUUUCCCUUUAACUCUCCCUCUCCUCUCCUCUCCUCUCUCAAUUCCUUUUCCCUUCCCCUUCCCCUUCCCCUCCAUGGGGAUUCUCUCCUCCUUCCUCCUUACCACCUAAGCCUUUGCCGUCUCCAUCUUACCCAAUUCCCUACCUACCUUCCAGAUCUCUCCUCAGAUUCCCUACAAUGGCCUCCUCCGAGGUUUCCAUCAACCCCAAUUCCGCCUCCGUUCCCUUCAACGACCAUGCCGAUUCUACCAAACUCACCUCCGAUCCACCUAACGCUCUCUCUGCCAGGGAUGCUGAUUUCGCCCUCUUCACCGAGCUUUGGAAUGCUUGUGCUGGUCCUCUCGUUUCUGUUCCUCGCGAAAACGACCGCGUCUUCUACUUCCCUCAGGGCCACAUCGAACAGGUGGAAGCAUCCACCAGUCAAGUGGCGGACCAACAGAUGCCAGUUUAUGACCUUCCAUCCAAGAUCCUCUGCCGCGUUAUUAAUGUGCAUUUAAAGGCCGAGCCAGACACCGAUGAGGUAUUUGCACAAAUAACUUUGGUUCCAGAGGCAAAUCAAGAUGAGCAUGCUGUGGACAAGGAACCCCCGCCUCCUCCACCCCGGAGAUUUCACGUGCAUUCUUUUUGCAAGACUCUGACUGCCUCUGACACCAGUACUCAUGGGGGGUUUUCAGUCUUGAGACGCCAUGCUGAUGAAUGUCUUCCACCACUGGACAUGUCACGACAGCCUCCUACACAGGAGUUGGUUGCCAAGGAUUUGCAUGGAAAUGAAUGGCGUUUUCGUCAUAUAUUUCGAGGACAACCACGAAGGCAUUUGCUUCAGAGUGGUUGGAGUGUUUUCGUGAGCUCAAAAAGACUGGUUGCAGGAGAUGCUUUUAUAUUCUUGAGGGGUGAGAAUGGAGAACUGCGUGUUGGUGUUAGGCGUGCCAUGAGACAACAUGGUAACGUCCCUUCAUCGGUCAUAUCUAGCCAUAGCAUGCAUCUUGGUGUGCUUGCAACUGCAUGGCAUGCUAUUUCUACAGGCACAAUGUUCACUGUCUACUACAAGCCUAGGACUAGCCCUUCUGAAUUCAUUGUUCCAUAUGACCAGUAUAUGGAGUCUAUUAAGAAGAGCUACACCAUAGGAAUGAGGUUCAAAAUGAGAUUUGAAGGUGAAGAGGCUCCUGAGCAGAGAUUCACUGGUACUAUCAUUGGAUGUGAAGAUGCUGAUCCCAAAAGGUGGAAAGAUUCCAAGUGGAGAUGUCUGAAGGUGAGAUGGGAUGAGACUUCUACUAUUUCUCGUCCUGAGAAAGUCUCACCAUGGAAAAUUGAGCCUGCUCUUGCUCCUCCUGCACUGAACCCUCUUCCUAUGACUAGACCUAAAAGGCCUCGAUCAAACAUGGUGCCUACAUCCCCUGAUUCCUCUGUUCUUACACGAGAAGGCUCAUCAAGAGUGACUGUAGACCCUUCACCAGUCAGUGCAUUUACAAGGGUCUUGCAAGGUCAAGAAUUCUCGACCUUAAGGGGCAAUUUUAUCGAUGGCAAUGAUCCUGAUGCUGCUGAAAAAUCUGUUAUGUGGCCUCCUUCACUAGAUGAUGAGAAAAUUGAUGUGGUUUCUACAUCUAAGAAACAUGGAGCAGAUUGCUGGAUAACUCCAGGAAGGAGUGAGCCAACCUACGCAGAUCUUCUGUCAGGUUUUGGAACUAAUAUUGAUUCAUCUCAUGGUGUCCGAGCUGGCAUGGGAGAUCCAGCAGUAGUAACUGCUAAUUCAAUCAGAAAGCAUGUCAUGGAUCAAGAUGGAAAGUUUAACUUCCUUGGUGGUAGCUCAUGGUCUGUCUUGCCUUCUGGUCUCUCGCUCAACCUUGUGGACUCUAGUCAGAAGGGCCAUAUUCAGGCUGGUGACUUAUCUUAUCAAGUGAGAGGAAAUGCUUCCUUCAAUGGAUUUGGUGAUCAUUCCGUGGCCCAUUGUCAUAGAACAGAACAGCCUCAUGGAAACUGGUUGAUGGCUCCACUUCCGUCUCAUUUUGAUUAUCCAGUUCAGUCAACUGAACUGAUGUCGAUGCCUAUGGUAUUUCAGAAUCAAGAUAUAAUGAAACCCAAAGAUGGGAAUUGUAAGCUUUUUGGCAUCUCUCUCAUUAAGAAUCCUGCCAUUCCAGACCCUGCAGGAUUGAAUAGAAAUAUGAAUGGGGCAGAUGUUACGCAUCUGAAUAUACAUCAAAUCCAUUCAAACGAGUCUGACCUCAAGUCUGAACCAUCUAGGGGUUCAAUGUUGGCUGAUAAAUCCCUUGCCAUUAAUGAUGCCGAUAAGUUGCAGCAAACAUGCACGCAAAACUUGAAGGAUGCACACUGCAAAUCACAGGGUACUUCAGCAAGGAGUUGUACAAAGGUCCAGAAGCAGGGGAUUGCACUUGGAAGGUCAGUUGAUCUUAGCAGGUUCAACAAUUACGAUGAAUUGGUUGCUGAAUUGGACCAACUGUUUGAGUUUGGUGGCGAGCUGCUGGCUCCCAAAAAGAAUUGGCUUAUUGUAUAUACGGACGAUGAAGGUGAUAUGAUGCUUGUUGGAGACGAUCCCUGGCAGGAGUUUUGUGGUAUGGUUCGGAAGAUUUUUAUCUAUACAAGAGAAGAGGUCCAGAAGAUGAAUCGAGGAUCUCUAAAUUUGAAAGGCGAUGAAAAGUCCGUGGACAUCAUGGCUGGAGUUCUGGUUCAGUCCACAGAUAUUCCUGGUCUGAUCGGUGGGAGAAAGAAUGGCCUAUCAGGAGGGACAGGAGACGCAAAGCGGCCUGUUAAAAUGAUGGCCUGCGUACAUGCACCUGGUUUGAGAAUCAGAAGUUUCUCUGGACUUCGAGGAUUUAAUUCUUUGGAUAACAUGUUGAGAAAUGGACAAGAUUUUCAUUCCAGGGUGGCCAUUACAAUCUCGUCUAGGCGACGAAAGGCUAGCAGAUGCGUUCCAAAAGCUAUGUUUGAGCGAUUCACAGAAAAGGCAAUUAAAGUUAUCAUGCUUGCUCAGGAGGAAGCGAGGCGGCUUGGUCACAAUUUUGUUGGCACAGAGCAGAUACUUUUAGGUCUUAUUGGUGAAGGCACUGGUAUCGCUGCUAAGGUUCUUAAAUCUAUGGGAAUCAAUCUUAAAGAUGCGCGCGUGGAGGUGGAGAAGAUAAUUGGUCGGGGCAGUGGCUUUGUUGCUGUAGAAAUUCCGUUCACUCCUCGUGCAAAGCGUGUAUUGGAACUUUCUCUUGAGGAAGCUCGCCAACUUGGCCACAAUUAUAUUGGGUCGGAGCACUUGCUUCUAGGACUACUUCGAGAAGGUGAGGGCGUUGCAGCUCGUGUUCUUGAAAAUUUAGGUGCCGAUCCUAGUAACAUUCGCACUCAGGUUAUUCGAAUGGUGGGUGAGAGCACAGAGGCUGUUGGUGCUGGUGUUGGAGGAGGAAGCAGUGGUAACAAGAUGCCAACCCUGGAAGAGUACGGCACAAACUUAACUAAGCUGGCUGAAGAGGGUAAACUAGAUCCUGUUGUUGGAAGGCAGCAGCAAAUAGAACGUGUAACCCAAAUUUUGGGUCGGCGGACAAAAAAUAAUCCUUGCCUCAUUGGCGAACCUGGUGUUGGAAAAACUGCUAUUGCAGAAGGUCUGGCCCAAAGGAUUGCUAAUGGGGAUGUCCCUGAAACAAUAGAAGGAAAGAAGGUUAUAACUCUGGAUAUGGGCCUUCUUGUAGCUGGCACAAAAUAUCGUGGAGAGUUUGAGGAAAGAUUAAAGAAACUGAUGGAGGAAAUUAAACAAAGUGAUGAGAUUAUCCUUUUCAUUGAUGAGGUGCACACGUUAAUUGGAGCAGGGGCUGCAGAAGGAGCUAUUGAUGCAGCAAAUAUAUUGAAACCUGCCCUUGCAAGAGGUGAACUGCAGUGCAUUGGAGCCACGACAUUGGAUGAAUACAGGAAGCACAUUGAAAAAGACCCAGCCUUAGAAAGGAGAUUUCAGCCAGUGAAAGUGCCGGAACCAUCUGUGGAUGAAACCAUACAGAUUUUGAAAGGCCUUAGAGAGCGUUAUGAAAUCCACCACAAACUUCGUUACACAGAUGAAGCAUUAGUAGCUGCUGCACAGCUGUCAUACCAGUACAUCAGUGAUCGAUUCUUGCCUGAUAAGGCAAUCGACUUGGUUGAUGAAGCAGGUUCUCGGGUUCGCCUUCGUCAUGCUCAACUACCUGAAGAAGCCAGGGAGCUUGAGAAAGAGCUGAGGCAGAUCACAAAGGAGAAGAAUGAGGCUGUUCGAAGUCAAGACUUUGAGAAGGCUGGAGAAUUGCGUGAUAGAGAAAUGGAACUUAAGACUAAGAUAUCUGCUCUAGUAGAUAAGGGCAAGGAGAUGAGCAAGGCGGAAAGUGAGGCAGGAGAUGUAGGCCCUGUUGUUACUGAAGUUGAUAUUCAGCAUAUUGUCUCCUCCUGGACUGGCAUUCCUGUCGAGAAAGUAUCUACUGAUGAAUCUGAUCGCCUCCUCAAAAUGGAAGAGACCCUCCAUAAAAGGGUCAUUGGUCAAGAUGAAGCAGUUAAAGCUAUCAGCCGUGCCAUACGCCGAGCUCGUGUUGGGCUCAAGAAUCCCAACCGUCCCAUUGCAAGCUUUAUAUUUUCUGGCCCAACUGGUGUUGGUAAAUCUGAGUUAGCUAAAGCAUUGGCUGCAUACUAUUUUGGGUCUGAAGAAGCAAUGAUUCGACUUGACAUGAGUGAGUUUAUGGAAAGGCACACUGUCUCCAAGCUUAUUGGUUCUCCUCCUGGUUAUGUUGGUUACACGGAGGGUGGUCAAUUAACCGAGGCCGUUCGUCGUCGUCCGUACACAGUGGUGCUCUUUGAUGAGAUUGAGAAGGCUCAUCCUGAUGUGUUCAAUAUGAUGCUUCAAAUUUUGGAGGAUGGAAGGUUGACGGAUAGCAAGGGCAGGACUGUAGACUUCAAAAAUACACUUUUGAUAAUGACAUCAAACGUGGGAAGUAGUGUUAUAGAGAAGGGAGGUCGCAGGAUAGGGUUUGACCUUGAUUAUGACGAGAAGGAUAGUAAUUAUAACCGGAUCAAGAGCUUGGUGACGGAGGAACUGAAACAAUACUUCAGGCCUGAGUUUUUGAAUAGGUUGGACGAGAUGAUUGUCUUCCGUCAACUCACAAAACUGGAGGUGAAGGAGAUUGCGGAUAUAAUGCUAAAGGAGGUAUUUGACAGAUUAAAAACAAAAGAAAUUGACCUUCAAGUGACAGAGAGAUUUAGAGAUAGAGUGGUGGAGGAAGGAUAUAACCCAAGCUACGGUGCGAGACCAUUGAGAAGGGCCAUAAUGAGGCUUUUGGAGGACAGCAUGGCUGAGAAAAUGCUGGCAAGGGAGAUCAAAGAGGGUGACUCGGUAAUAGUGGAUGUUGAUUCAGACGGAAACGUGACAGUACUCAACGGCAGCAGUGGUGCUCCCGAGUCCUUGCCGGAUGCUAUCCCCGUGUGAAGGUAGCUCAUUUUAUUUCAAAGAGAUGAUAAUCAUACCAGGUCAUAAAAUGUAUUUGCCACUUUUCAUCUGAUUUAAUUUAAUGGGUCGUAUACUCGAGAGAGAAAAAAAAUGGAAUAAGUGCUAAUCGGUCGUAGUUUGCUUCUAAAUGGCUGCUAGCUAGUUCUGGAUCUGGUAGUAUGAAUAAAAUACUACUGUUCUCAAGUUGGAAUAUUUAAAAGAAGACAAGAAUCUGCCUUUGGUCAUUAAAGGUUUUCGA